AAUAAAUAAUAUCUAGGGUUCGGGACUUGUUGCACUUAAAAUCAUCAAAGUAUGCUUAAAAAUAUGACGUUUAUUAUAAUUAUACAAAUAAAAAUUUUAAAAUUAGAUAGGUAAAACACUGUACAUUUUAAUGCGACUCAAUUUUCAAGCUCAAUUGAUCCCCCACUUAGUCUAUUUGGAAUUAUUACUAUCAUACCUAAAAGAUCUACUAGUUUUGUUUUUUAGUAACGGUUAUCACUGUAUAUCAGUUAUUGGUAACACUUAUGUGCACCCUUAACAUGUGACACCACCGUAAACCUGUCACCAGACCAAGGAUGCUGACUGCCCCAUUAUAGCAUAGUACCACUCCCUAGCUCAGUAGCCGCCUUUACAUAAAAACACUAUUACACAGCGCUGUUCAACGUGUUUGCGCCCUCUUCGCUUGUAUUCAAAGAUUAUAGUGACAGCUCGGUCGUUGUUCAUCGUCUGCUAUUUAACCAGAAUUCGAAAAUACCGGUAUCACAGUUGGCUGUAGUCAAAUCACAUUUUUUCUUGCAGUUGUUUGACGUACAACCAUCGCUUACUGUUAACCUAUACUCUAAGCAAAAAAUAUUACUUAAAUCGUUAAAUUAUAAAAAUACCUAAGUACCUAAUAAAUCAAAUUCAUGGCACUAACCAAGAUGGAAAAAUAUCAAUUAGUUAAUCCAGUUGACUAUAGAAUUGUCGUUGACGACAUGCAACAACCAGUUUUAAAUGAAAAUGGUGAUCUCGUUGUGAUGAACAACAAAAGCAAAAAUUGUGUGGCAGUUCCUAAUUCUGAAGACGUAUUAAAAAUGUUUGAUCUCGGGUGUCAUGAAAACUAUGAAUCAACUCCUGGGUUGCCGAAAGAUUCACCUGAAGCAAUUAUCAUGAUAGAACCUGUGAUGCCCAGUCAAAGUUCUUCAAAAUCAUAUUGCACCGACAAGGAAAAGACAUUCGACACUAAUCAACAGCUGUGGAUCACGAGAUAUUCAACGAAGAGGGAUAUCGAAGCGACCUGGAAGAUGCUGGAGCUAGUGGCUUCUAAAAAAUACCAGGAUAUGUUCAACAACCCAAAAGUGGCUAAGAAUCAGGUGUGGAAAAAUAUAUACGAGGAUCUAUUGUUGAACGGGUACAGAGUCGCGAAAACGGUGAUCGAUGGAGGCGUCAAGUGUUGUCAGAAAUGGCGCAACCUAGAGAAGAAGUACAAAAAAUAUAUCAUGAACAAGGCGAACCAAAAGUGUUUGAAACCCAAAUGCCCGCCUCUGUACUUCGAGCAAAUGGACGAAAUUCUUAAGGAGUCGGAGAAGUACUCGAAGUCCGUGAUAAUCAGGGAUGACAUGGCCGAACCCGACACGUUGGGCACUGACAGUAUUCAUCUCACGAGCGACUCGAACACGGCACUGAACGUUAUAACCUGCCCGUGCAGCCCGGGCGACGACCACUCUUACGUGGUCAAUAGUUCCGGUCACGAUUCUAAGUGCAUCAAAGUAAAACCAAUGAUAAUCAAGCGCUCGACCCUCAAUGAUGGUGAUAAUGAUAGUGAUGACCGAGGUGGUCACGUGGACGUCGGUUUGCCGUGUUCGUCGUCGUCAUCCCGUCAACAUCGUCGCGUCCAACGAUCAGCCGCAAUGGAACAUAUACUGCAACAGUUGAUCCACAUGCACAAGGAUAUGAUGGCCAUGUUCGAUGAGCACUUCACCAGGAUGGAGGACCUGAUAGAGGAAAACGUGGCACAGAGCAAGCGGCUGGCCGACAUCAUGAGUCAGUUUUCGCAGGCUGAUGACCGACCGGGACAAUGAAAAGAAAAAUUAGUUAUACUAAUCGCAAUUGUAUUUUUAUUUAUUUUUGUCCUUGGAAUUGU